AUGAGAUCAAUGUCUCGUCUUCGCGAUCCAGCGGAAUACGUCUCUAAAGUGCAUCGAUGGGCUGGUCAUAUAAUGAGAAGGACAGACGACAGAUGGACACUAAGAACUCUGGAACGGAAUCCAAAUAAAACCUCGAGAGAGGCCACUGACCAGAUGGUCUGACA